AUGACAGAUAAUACAAAUGAAACAAUAGCAUCAUCGCGAAUGGCAACAAGAUCAACAACGACAACAACACCUACAACAACGACUUCAAAAACUACGAAUAAUAAAAAUGGUUAUGAACGUCUUGCUCAACUUUAUCCACAUGUUAGUGAUGAUAUACAUUUACCCACAAAAUGGAAUAGCAAAGAUAAAGCGUCAACUUUAUUUCUUCAACAAAGUGAUCUUGUUGUAACAUAUAAAGGUCCUGGUAAAUCACAUAAAGAUGCAGCUAGUCUUCGUUCGGAUUAUCCUAUUCCGUCAUUGACCGGUAUCUAUUAUUUUGAAGUGAAAAUUUUAAGCAAAGGUCGAGAUGGAUAUAUGGGUAUUGGCCUAUCAACAAGUGAAGUGAACCUCAGUCGUUUACCAGGAUGGGAUAAAGGUUCAUAUGGUUAUCAUGGUGAUGAUGGUCAUUCAUUUUGUUCAUCAGGUUCAGGUAUUAUCUACGGACCGACAUUUACAACUGGUGAUUACGUUGGAUGUUGUGUCAAUUUCCUUGAAAAUUCCUGUUUCUACACUCGUAACGGUUACAAUCUUGGUACAUCGUUCCGAGAUAUACCAACGGAAAUUUAUCCGACAGUUGGCUUGCAAACACCUCAUGAAGCUGUUGAAGCUAAUUUUGGUCUUAGUCCCUUUAAAUUUGACAUAGAAAAAUAUAUCGAUGAAUAUCGUGAAAAAACGCGUCGAGCAAUCAUUGAAUGCACAAUAAAAGAAGGCGAGCUAUUACAUCAAAUACAAUUACGUCGUAUUGUUUCUACAUAUCUCGUUCAUUAUGGAUAUUGUGCUACAGCUGAGCAAUUCAAUAAAAAUGCUGAGAGUGUAUAUGCUGACGAACUCAAUUCCAUGCGCAAUAGACAACUCAUACAACAUUUGAUUCUUGAUGGUCGCACAACCGAUGCUAUUGAAAAGACGAGAGAACUGUUUCCUACUUUGCUCAACGAUAAAAAUCUUUUAUUUGUAUUAAAAGUUCGUCAGUUUAUUGAAAUGGUCAAUGGAACUGAAAGUGAAAUUCGAAAAAAAUCAAUAUCAUGUCCAUCAUCCUGUUCCUCCCAAUCUAUGACAACAACAAAUUGUCCAUCGCCUACUAAUUGUGCUGCUAGUAAUGGAAAUCGUUCGAACAGUCCUUCAUGUUCAUCGUCAUUGUCGAAUAAAAAUCAUUCUUAUCCAACAACGACUGGACGUUCAUCAUCACCGAUGAAAAAAACCAACACAUCUUCACGUUCUCGUUCAAAUAGUCCGUAUACAUCAAGCCGUACACAAAUGACUACUAUAUCAGGGGCACAACAUAACAACGGUACAACUAGUGUUUUAUCUCGUCGAUCAAGUGCAAAUAAUUCUAACGAGUUAUCACAAGAACCUAAUAAUGAAUCAAAAUUACUACAAACAUCAUGUCAAAAUUCAGAAUCAAAUAGUCAUACAACAACAGUGGAUUCCAUGCCAUCGGAUGCAUCUAACAAUGCUGUUGUGAAUCUUAUGGAUAUUGAUGAUAAUCAUCAUGGUAAUAAUACAGCAAAUGGUUUUAGAAAUCACGGAACAGUAUCUCAAUCUUCUUCUUCUUCGUCGUCCUCCGCCUCCUCUUCUUCUUCUGCGACAAACCAAAUCGGUAAUGGGCAUUCACUAUCAAACGAUAAUAGCAAUAAUCCAGUCGUUGAUCACAAUGCAAAUAGUAAUGGAUGUUCAACAAAAUCAACUGAUAUUAUUGAUGGUAUGGAAUAUGAUGGUUAUGGUGAUUCAACUCAUACUACGAUGGAUAUGGAAACAAUGUCAUCUGAUGUACAGAGAAAACCAACCAGAAAAGAAGAUGAUCAACUUCUUGUUAGAAUUCUUCAAUUUGGUCGAGAAUUACAUGCACUCAAACAACAAUUGACCAUUGAACAUGGAGAAAAUCAACAAAAUGAUAAAAUGCUCCAAGAUGCAUUCAGCUUAUUAGCAUAUUCCGAUCCGAAAUUAUCACCACUCGCUCAUCUAUUAGAACCAUCUCAACGUGAAAAUAUUUCUAGUGCAGUGAAUAGUGCCAUACUUGAAGCACACGAUAUGCCAAGACAUCCAGCACUAGAAGUACUCGUUGGUUAUUUGCAUGAAUGCGACAAGCUAAUGCACAAAAAUAACAUACCAGAUUGUGCCUUUAUUGACUUGAACAAAUAUUUGCGAUAA